ACUGCUGAGCUGAGGCGCUCACACACACGCACUCAAGAUCGUCGUCGCCCCUAAAUCAACACAACACACGCACUUGCUGAGCCUUGCUGAGCUCAGGUACACUCUCGCGCACUUAUGAGCUCUGCUGACCCUUAAGUGUCUUCCCAACAACCUCUAAAGCACUCUGAGCACCAUUAUAAACAUAAGUCAUUAGCCUCGUAAGGAAAACCUCUAGAUGUAAACAAGACAAUUACAGACAUCUUAAACCUCCAGGAUAUCCCCUGAAUAUCGAGGCUGAAGUAACAGAAGGAUAAAUAGGUCAUCAUGCCUGAAGUGAAAUCCGAGAUCUAUGAUGGCUGCACAGUUGUGGUACAGAAGGGCACGUACCUUAAGACUUGUCGUGUGAUGGCUGGCAGGACCUAUGCAUUUGGUAAACGAGGGGAUGGUCAAUUCACUCUCAAUAUUGAUGGUGCAUUAGGCUCUCAGUUUGGCUCUUCAUUCCGAAUGGAGAGGAUGACAAACAAGCUUUUCAGCAUUCAUAAAACUGAACACCUUAGUAAUUGUCUUGAUAUUGUGAAGGAGGGCGGGGAGGACAAUCGGGACUUACAAGAUGAUGGUCGAUCCCAAAAGUUAACUUCUGAAGAAAUUAUUCAGCUGAAAGGUUCAGGGCUCACAGGCAAAGAGGUUAUUCAGACGAUCACAGAAAACAGCACUACAUUCAAAGAUAAAACAGUAUUUUCCAAAGAAAAAUAUGUUAAUAAAAAGCAGAAGAAAUAUGGUGAAAUCAUCACUAUACAUAGACCAUCUAUACGACUGUUAAGCAAUAUGUAUUACACCCAGGACCCGCUCAAAAUAGCGAAUCUUCGCGUUGAUACAUUGUCGCAGCUGCUGUGUCACGUGAAUGUUCAGCCAGGGGGUUCUUUUGCUGUGUUCGAGUCUGGCACUCAGGGCUUGGUGACGGCUGCCAUGUUGCACCGCAUGGGCACCACUGGACAUUUGGUUCAGAUUUAUCAUGGUAGUCAUCCACAGAGAGAUGCAGUAGACCUGAUGAACUUCACAGUGCCAGAGCUGGAGGUUCUCUCCUUCAUUAACUUUAACAAACUACCAGACAUUAAUCUACAGGAAGAAUCUGCAACAAAUGGAACAGAAGAGAUGAAGGAAGUGUCUAAAGAAGAAGAAAAGCAGUCUCUUGAUGACGUAUGUCUUGAAACUAAACAAAAGAAGACUGGUGGUGAUGAAAAUAUGGAGACGUCUGGAGGCAAUGCAAAGAGCCUGAAGCUGGAAUCUGCCAAGCCAAGAAAGUUUGUAAGAAGACAAGUAGAAGAUGUGCAGAUGUCAUCAACUGUACUUCGAGGAAGCAUUGAAGGUCUUGUUGUAGCUUGUCGCCAGUACCCCAACAACAUCUUAAGAGACUUGUUACAUUUCCUCAAGCCUGGUCAUCCUUUUGUUGUUUUCUCUCCUUAUAAAGAACCCUUAAUGGAGUUAUUCAUGGAAGUGAAAUCCCAGGACGGCACAAAUGUCCGCCUCAGUGAGACGUGGUUGCGGCAUUACCAGGUAUUACCGCAGCGGACUCAUCCAGAAAUCAACAUGUCGGGUGGAGGUGGUUACCUCCUCUACGGCACAAGGAUUAUGAAGGAAUAUAACUCUACAAAUUCCAAGUGAAAUCCUCCAAGGUGUUGCUGUUUCUUCUGCUCGGAUGCCUCUGUUUACAAGUACGAUGUUGUAUCAUUAAAAAGAACACAAAAUUUAAUAAUUAUGCCCCAUGAAUAAAUUCAGAAAUUUA